AUGAAGGUGUUAUCCAUGUUGUGGUUAAUAAUCAAAUUGGAUUUACUACAACUUCCAAUUGAUAGUAGAUCUGGUUUAUAUUGUACAGAUGUUGCUUAAGGCUAUUGA